UGUCGCUCGCUCGAUCGCGCCGCGCCCGGGUUCGGUGACACUUCUGGUCGCUUUGUUUCCCCUCGUUUCCUGCGAAAUAGGCAUGGCGGCGAUCGCCGACUCUGGCAGCGGCUCCGACACCGCGAUUGCGAGAUCGCCAGCGAAGGGAGCGGGUGGCCUAGCCGGGGAGACGCGGUGGGUCGAGGACGCCCUCCGUGGAGCUGAGGAUCUCAAGCAAACGGUCACCGCCGCCGCUGAAUCCGCCUUCCAGGCCGCUGGAUCCUCCGCUGAGGAUCUCAAGAGAUCCGUCACCGCUGCCGCAGACUCGGCUUUCCAGUCCGUCGGCUCCGUCCUGUCGCGGAUCGUCUCGGACUCGUCGGAAAGCCUCGAGGAAGCCAAAGUUAAGAUAGCAUGGGCAAAGGAUCACUAUGCGGCUGCCGAAGAAGUGGCACUGGCAAAGAUGAAAGACGGGAUUGUCGAUGCGGCACUACAUCCAGCCUUGUCUUGUGGAAUUGCUGCUGGCUUGGGACUUGUCCUUUUAAAAGGACCUAGACGUUUUCUGAUCCGCAAUACUAGGCGUAUUUUUGUGAGCGAAGAGUCUAUGCUCUCCAGUGCUCAAGUCAAAGUUAAGGAGCUGCAGCAAUCAGUAAAUCUUGUGACGAACGAAAGCAAGAAGUUGGAGGAUAGGGCUACACGAGCGGUAGAGGAUAUGAAGAGAGGGCAGAAGAGACUUAUAGAGGAAGGACAUCAAAUUCAAAACCAAUUAAACUUUGCUGCUGGUAUCGAAAGACAAAUCAUGUCCCUGAAAGGUCGCCUUAAUGAACUUCCCAAGGCAGAUGCUUCUCGGUACCAGUCACAGGUUUCCACCAUUUCUUCUCAGAUCAAGCAAGAAAAGAAGGCUCUUAAUGGUGCCCUAUCGAGGAUCAUCAAUCAUGGAAUACCCAUGUGACGUUCCUCUCUCUCCAUUUCAAUUUUGUUUUUUUAAUGUAUACGAGUGAUUUCUUGCACUUCUAUUACUACAAGCUGUAGGGGAAAAUAAUGCUAACUUGUUUCCUUGGAAUAUGCCAUGGCUUACAUGCAGCAUGAUUUGAUUUAAUUUUUUUUUUCCUUUUGAAUAUUGGUAAAACCAUAUUUGAAUAUGUGUUAAAUAAGAUUAGUCUUCAUCGA